AUGACACCUGAGAAGAUGCAUAAUGCUCAUUUUGAGCUUAUCAUGACGGUUGAAGGAAUCGUAGAAGCUACCGGUAUGACAUUCCAAGCUCGAACUUCAUUUUUACCAGAUGAAAUACUCUGGGGAUACAGAUUUCGCUCGAUGGUUGUAUUGAAUGAGAAAAUUGGCAGGUAUGAAAUACAUUACAAAUUAUUCGAUGAAAUCGAACCUAUUGGUAAAAUUAAUUUGAAAAAAACAGAAAUUGAUGAUAGCAACGAUGGCCAUGAUUCAUCACAAAAUAUUUCUGGAUUUGUAUGGUAA